ACUUGACUCGCGUAUUUUAGCAAUGGCCCGGUGCGGUGUCGUCCACGGCUGCGCCCGCGUCGGUCCGUUCGUGCGCGCGUAACUCGUGAACUGUGAGUGAUUAUGUCUCUAGCGGGCGCGUGCGUGGCUUGCUGAGCGCCAUGAACGCGCGCACCAUCGCCUUCGAGCUGUCGAUGGAGGGGCGCCAAGUGGACGAGGUCGUCUCCGGAAUAUUCCACAGCGUCCUGUUCCAUCGAUCCAGCGGGAAGUUCACGUACAACAACGAGGAGAGCUACUCCAUACGCACCGUCAGCUAUGGCGACUGCGAUUGUGACUUCAUAGACUUCACAUACGUCCGCUGCGAAUCGGACCUCCUGUGUAGAAAUGUGAAUCGGGAGAUUUCAGACUUCUCAGCGCUGCUGCGGGCCGUCGACUGCAACUCCGCGCCCCCGCGCGGCUCUAUCAGCCUAGAGUUCUUCCAAAAACGCCGCACCCGCUGGCCGUUUCAACCUGAGUGCGUCCCAUGGGAAGUAUGGACCGUGUACUGUGAACUGACGGAGUCUUACAACGAUCACGAUAUGCACAGCAAACACGAGACGGUUGUAGAGAUGUUGCAGGACAAAAUGGUGUUCAUUAGCGAGAUAAUUAACAAGCACGACUACGUGCCGAAGAUGCCCAGCCAUUCGGACGCGGACCUCAUUUUUGACAUGUCCUAUGGUGACAUCCAGCCUUAUCUGUUCAAGAUCCACUACAGCCUGUCAGGGGCUCCCCCCUCCUCCGUAGGGAACACCGUUCGAAAACUUAUACGUGAUACGUUGUCUUUGUGAUGCAUAUUGACUUUCAAUUAUCUUAUUUUAUCACUGAGCAACAAAACGUUUGUUAUGAACUCGAAAGUUCUUUUAAUUUACAAUAUCCAGACUUGUAUUACAAAAAACAAUCUCAUUGCGAUGGUAGCUUUUUAAAUUAAAACAAAUAUCGCAUGACUAAAUUUGCUCUUUCGAUAUAUGCAGCAAAUGUUUUUAACAUAUAAAAAGAUAUAUUUUCUUGUACCUUAAAAUGAUUUUAAACUAUGAGAACUGUAAAUAAUUCUAAUAUAUUCAUUGUUUGUUGUGAUUAAUUAUACGUUUUGUUUUAAUACUAGAUGAACUAAUAUAACACAUUGCGUUUAAAAUAUUUAACUGCUUUUGUACUUACAAAAUAUUAUGUCUAUUGCACAAGAUUGUGUGUUCGUGAAUUCAAUGUGUCGUCAGUUUUAGAUGUUGGUACGUUUGUUUAGUAUCUUGUCUCGUCUAAACAUGAACUAAGCAUUAUACAUGUUUUUAAAUAUGAAGUAUGAUGCUUUAUUGCUUUUGGCAAGCAAAUAUAGCACCGCGCCAACGGCUAAUAUUAACGUAUCGCUUAGGAUACUUUGCUUCCAAUAGAAAUGCACUUUUUUCUAAUUGGUUGCCAAUUUGAUCUAAUUAAAGAGGACACACUUUGUUCAUGGCUCUUCCGCCAUUUUGUUAUGCUUUUUUUUUUAAAGAAGAUCCGAUUUUAGCGAAGCCUAUGGUGUCACAGUCGGGUCCGUUAAGAGGUGGCGGUAUGGAAUCGGGGAUAUUUUUUUUUGUUUGAAAGAAGUGCAAGUUAAUGUGUGUAUAUUGGAAUGUAAUAGGGAACAUUUCUUCAUACAAAAAUGUGAUAUAUACCGAAAAGAAAAAAAAUAAAUAAAAUGGACAUAAGUUGUAAUGAUACAAUAAAAACAGCACAAUUCGGUUGUAUGAAGAAAUAUCCUUAUUUUAUUCCUACUAACAUUUUCGCCUGUCGUAACUUUAAUAGUUCUAGUUUAGUUGUAAUAUUUUCAGAGCUAUGACUCGCAAGGCUGGUUGAUGUGUCCACUCAUUUUAUAUGGUUUAUUUAGAAUUCGCGUCUGUGUAUUUAAGUUAACUUAAGAUAUUAACCUGUGCGCACUGUAUAAAUAUUUUUACUAGACAUAAAAGUUACCUAUAAUUUGUUGUAAAUCUCUCUGUAAUUUUGUACCUUUUUUGAUAAUAGCAAAUGGUAACAUUGUAGUGUAAUUAGGGUAGUUGUAUUAUUAUGACCUAAGAAUUUCCAGAACAACUAAACUGGAUUAAGUCAAUUGGGUGGCAGCACUCAGUAUGAUAAUAGUAAAGUCAUUUGACUAAUUUGUGUGAGGUUUUAUAUUAAAAUGAUUGCUUUGUGAUAUUGCGUGAAAUGUGUUGAAAUAUUAUUUGAUCAUGGAUGUUGACUAGAAGAGAUAUUGAGCUAUCGAUUAGACGGCUUUAUAAUUAAUGUGUUAGUGAUAAGUCAAUUGUACAUUAUUGUACAGUUUAAAUUUUUCUCAUAUAUGAAUCCUUCGAAUAAACACAAUUUGAGAUUGCCGCGUGCGAGCUUGUAUUUUUUGCUUAUUUUUUUUAAGUUAAUGACACAUUAGAAUUAAGUGAUAUUAAAGUAUUGUGUCAUUAAUUUUUAAAUAUUUUUCAGCAAUGAUCUAUUACGAUAAGCGGUGUGUUACCGCCAAAGUUUUCGGAAGCCUAGUUUUCUAUGUAAGAAGUUAGAAUUGUAAAAGCGAAAUGCUACAUCUGUGGUUAGAAUAGCGAUGGUGCAUGAAAGUCUCAUACGUUAGGAUAUUAGUUUUAAAAUCAGAUUUUAUUGUAUUAUAGUUCAUUCAACAUAAUUAUAUAUAACGAGACUAAAAUACUGGUAUUGAUAAAAGAGAAUCGGUGAUUUUUAUAAUUCGUGCGACAGAAAAUGGAAAACUUAGAAUACACGUGUAGAAUUGGUGUUAUAUUUUUGUGCAUGGAAAGAAAGUUAGAAUAGCGUUGUUCACUUGAUUUGCUUAAAUAUGCUGUGUUUUGCAUGUUAGUAUAAUAAGGCCUGUACUCAGUGAAACUUUAUAAUCGAGCAAAUGAGAUUUUGUACUUGUAUAAAUUAUUAUAUAUAUAUUUCCUUCGCCAACAUGAAAAUAUUGUCUAUACAGGCCUGUAAUAUUGUAUAUAUUAAUUGAUGAUUAUUCUAUGAUUUUAUUUAAAAAAAUAAUGCUGUUCUUUGAUGGCUAAGAGUUCUAUUUGAAUAAGAUUAAAACACCUUUAGUUUAUACUACAUUAUUUUUACUCAGUGCAAUAAAUGUAACAAGUAUUCUGUUGGUCCCAAAACUUGUGCAAAUUCGUGUGUAGAACCUCUCAUAUCAAGAUGCACAGUAAUGUCUCCGCCAAGUCGAACCAAGCGAAGGGGCACUACCUUCUCUUGAAAUGUUGGUAUUGACUAAAAAUAUGUUGUAUAUAUUUAGGACAUUGAAGUAAGUCCAUCCAUAUUGAUCUACUGAUUCACCUUCCCCUACCUCAGUUGUCUAAGCUUUAGCGUAUCAUCUCAAUCGGAGGAUAGUUUCUUAUACACUUUGUACCUUGUAGUAUGUUGAAUCAAAACCCACAAUGGCCGGCACAUAAUUUAAACUAAAAUAAUGUCGACAGUCAUAGGCUGAUAUCUCGCCUCGAUUUAUAGUCUAUCUGUUAGCUGCGGUUAUAUCCUUCCCUAUUUAGUCUUUUGACCUUGAUCCUGGGUUAUAUUGCUUCAGGCUUUUACACGAAGCGACUUUCGUCUGAUCUCCGCAACCUUUGCAGAGGAACCUAUUCCAUUAGAUCAAGGUUAUACAUCCAGUUGGCAGAAUGCAGGUUUUCCUCACAUUGUUGUCGUUCACCGUCCGAGCAUCGGUAAGCAAUGAAUUAUGCGCCGGCGAAAUUGUGCCAAAUGUUGAUUCCCUAUACUGGAUCAGAAAUGUUGGCUACCAAAGAAGCGGCUAUUUCCUUUGGGUUUUAAUAAGAGGCAUUAUAUUUAAUUAUUUUGACCGUGUGUUCUAGCUCGCGCAAAAUCGGUGUGGGAGUGGGAUGGUGACAUAAUUAUGCGUGUUGCGAUUAUGAACCCCAUUUUGAAAACUUGUUUUGUUAAUUGUAAAACUAAAACUAAACUACGUGUCGCUGUAGUCGAGUAAAAAUUUAAUAUUCAAUCACCGAGUAAAUAUUACUAAAAUGUCGCUUAUUAGGCAGAAGAAAGUCAAAUACAAUUUAAACAUUUUUUUACUUAAAAUUUAUAGAAAUAGUAAAAUGUGAGAAAUAUAUAAAUUUUAUUUUUUCUAUAUCAUUAGGGUUUGUAUUCUAAAUGUGAAAUGAUAGAUCCUUUUUAUUUUAUUCAUAAUCAAUAUUUUGUGCAUCGCAUGUGCAAUAUCUGUUAAUUUAUAUUGCAUUUGCAAUUUUCAUAUCAGCGAGUACCUUAUAUUGUUUCAAAAAGUUUUAAAAAUCUGGUGAUAAGACAAUAUAUUUUUAUUCUAUUCUAAAAUACCUUCAUUGUGUGCCUCCUCUUUAAGUGUGGUAUAUCGAGCACAUUUUAUUGUAUAAAUAAGUAUCUAUAUAUAAUAUCUCUGCACAUAAAUUAUCCGCAGCUAAAUAUUACACGUCCAGUUUCGAAAUAUGCGAGUGAAACAGACGAGGGUAGCAGAACAAACUUCCUUUGUCUCUUUCACUCGUACAACCAGAUCACUAUGUGGAUUUUCAAAUUUUACCAUUGGUUCUGAAGCUGACAAAAGAUAAGGAAGCAAAAUUUAUAUCCGGUUGUUUUACUUAAAAUUGGUCUUUAAGAGUAAACCAAAUAGUCAUAAUAACCUAUCUAAAGUCUUGUCUGGCCGUGUAAUAUGUGCUAUGUAGUUGCAACUUGCCUUAUUUGACAGAUUUAAUGAUAAAUGUCGUGCGUGAAUGAUAUCGGCUGUUAAAAGAAAGUUUAUUAUAAAUGAGAAUGUACCUAUAUGUUGUGAUGUAUAAGUUCAAAAAUACAAAAAAUUUAGUCUUGUGAUAACAUUAUGAUAAAAAUGUGAAUAAAUAAUGAAGUAUU